AUGAGGCCACUGCUGCUGCUGUCAUCGUCUCUCCUCGUGGGCCUCCUUAGCGAUACGCCACAAGACGUCCUCACGCCGGAUGCCUUCCUCCCCUGUUCUGCAGGAGCAGCAGAAGCAGCGGGAGAGGAAGGUUCGAACUUGGCGGAAAAAGGCGCUACUGGUAACGCAGUAGCACAGGAAGCAGUGAGCACGAGCAGCGUGAAAGCAGCCACGGAGGGCACAAACGGCAGCUGGUUCUCUUCCUUCAUGGAGCAUCUUGCAUAUGCAGCAGCUGCCCAGUCUGCCGCCGCCUCUGGCAUAGCCGUCUACCCGACACUAGCGCCCCCCCUCAGUCCUCCUGCCGCCAUUGUUGCUGCUCCUGAGGCGGAAGCCUCGGCUGUACAGGCAGGAACGACCGCAGCACCGGCGGAGGGCUGGAACUGGAGGGAUGCAGUGACGGCUUUCUUCGACAAAGUAGAGAGGCGUUUGGAGGAAGGAGGGCCAGCUCUGUACGCCGAAGUCUACGACUUCACACUCUAA